UUUUUAAAACUUUGAUAAAGGGUCUAAUAAGAACAAGAUCUCAGUAAAAUUGUUAACAGUCAAAGCAGUUCUUUUAAUUUGUUCGAGAUAUUCAAGCGAUUUCUUUCUCUCAAAAUGGUGCUUUUGGCUUUGUUAUUUUCCUGUAUGAUUGCAGGUUCUCUCGCUUGUACUGAUGAUCACUGUAAAGAUCCAGACCUUGCAAACGAACUGUUGAAAGUACAAUUCUUGCCAAAUCGGGAGGAACUCAUUACUUUAUGUCCAAAAGUUAUCUCUUUCUUGGAAUGCGAAAAAGGAUUCUUUGAAUGCCCUGGAAAAACCCUCGAGGAGAUGGCAGUUUCUUCUGUUAAAGAAGAUGUAACAACAGCCAAAGCAAUGUUGGGUGCAAUGAGUCUGGUUCGUGACGUAUGUGACGAAGAUACAUCUUUUCAUAAUGAUUACCUUGGAAGUGUUGAAUGCUUCAGAGGCUUCUUUCCUGUCGCUGGAAAAAUGUGUCGACAAGACAUCGCAAAACCGAUUGAGGAAUUCUUUGAUCAAAUAUAUUCUAAUGAGGUUGAAGUCAAUGAAGAAGCUUACGCGGAAAUCCGUUGCUUGAGCGACGCACUAGAGUUGGCUUGCAUAAUUGAUAAUCUCGGGGACUCCUGCGGAGAUGUUGCCACGAAAACUGCUGUGACCGUUCUAGAAAGAAUGAAAGCUUUUUUGAAAGAAGGCAGCUGCAAUGACGUGGAAAAUGCUGCUGAUCUGAAAGCAAAAUUCUUGGAUUUCCUAGAUUUCGAAGAACCCAAAAGAAGCAGCGUUAAGGAAAUCUUCGAUUUUCUUAAGAAAAGGCGAUAAGUGAGACAUUAAGUAAGAUGCAAUGACAAAAGAAAGAAUGCAAUAUUAAUUUUUUGAAUUAUUAAAAGUUUAUUUCACAAAUUUUAAAGGCUGUAUUCAGAAAUUUAAUAAGAUGUUUGGAUGUUCUGAAUAAAAAGAUAUUUUUAAAUGUAAUAAAAACAAUAAAGAAAUUCGCAGUAAUA